AUGAGGAAAGCACAAGUUGUUUUUAUCCCUUCUUCUGGUUUGAGUCAUUUAGUUUCCACUCUUGAGUUCGCCAAGCUUCUAAUCAACCGUGAUAACCGUUUCCGAAUAACCGUUUUAGUUAUGAAAUUACCAAACACCUCUGAACCUGAUGUCUACAUUGAUUCCCUUCCCAUUUCCGAUUCACUCCAAAUCGUCAACCUUCCAGAAUGUUCUCUUCCUCCAAACACGGAUCUAGCUUCCGCCUUGUUCGUUCUCCCCGAAGCUCAAAAAUCAAACGUAAAACAAGCCGUCGCUAACCUCACUGCCGAAGAACAACAACAUGGACCCCUCGCUGCCUUCGUCGUUGACAUGUUCUGCACCACCAUGAUUGAUGUUGCUAAAGAAUUUUCCAUCCCUGCGCUCGUCUUCUUCACUUCCAGCGUUGCUUCUCUUGGUUUGACGCUUCAUCUACACACACUGUUUGAAGGAGACAACUUAGAUUCGACCAUGUUACUGCAGAAGAACGAGUUAGCAGUUCCGAGUUUUGCCAACGCGGUUCCUAUAAACUCGAUUCCUAGUUUUAUGCUAGACAAGGAAUGGGAGUCGUUUUUUAAGAGCCUUGCAAGUGGCCUCAAGAAACCAAAUGGAAUUAUAGUAAAUUCAUUUGAAGAGCUAGAAUCACAUGCGGUUCAAUCCUUUUUCUCUCAUCCUGAUCUAGCAUCUUUACCUAUUUAUCCAGUGGGGCCCUUAUUAAACCCUGAACCCAAAACAAAGAGCACUGCUGAUUCAGAUGAUAUCAUCAAAUGGCUUGAUGAUCAACCUCCUUCUUCCGUAGUUUUCCUUUGCUUUGGGACCAGGGGUUAUUUUGAUGAGGAUCAGGUUAAGGAGAUCGCACUUGCUAUUGAGAAUAGUCGUGCUCGUUUCUUGUGGUCUCUACGUAAACCCUCACUAAAAGGCUUUAUGCUCGCGGCAUCUGAUUAUUCACUUUUAGAUUUGAUUUCGCUUUUACCCGAAGGAUUUUUAGAUCGGACUGCUGAAACUGGAAAAGUCAUUGGUUGGGCUCCACAGACUCGAAUACUAGCUCACCCUGCCACAGGAGGAUUUGUUUCCCAUUGUGGGUGGAAUUCCACACUUGAAAGCAUAUAUUUUGGUGUGCCUAUUGCGGCGUGGCCUCUUUAUGCGGAACAACAGGCAAAUGCUUUUGAAUUGGUGUGUGAGCUGAAAUUGAGUGUUGAGAUUGCGUUGGACUAUCGGGAGCAAUUCAAUAGUGAGCGUAACUAUGUUGCAACUGCAGAAAAGAUUGAGAGAGGAAUAAGGAGAGUGUUGUUUAAGGAUGGAGAGUUAAGGAAGAAAGUAAAAGAGAUGAGUGAAAAGAGUAGAAAGACUUUGUUAGAGGGUGGAUCUUCCUACACUUAUUUAGGUAAUUUAAUUGACUAUAUUAAGAAUCAUGUAUGA